UCUGGGUCCUUCUGCGAUCCAGCGGGGUCCUAGCUGCCGCGGAGCUGCUCCUAAUUUGCCUGUUCGCGCGAGAAUUUGGAGGGACGGGUUUGGGGUCGGUGUGUGACAGGAGCUUGCUCGGCAGUGUACCUGAAUCCCGAGUAGGAGCCACUUAGGGUCUGAGGGAUCGGGCAAUCGCCGGGGCACCCCAGGUCUGGAAAGCGCCAGUGCGCUCGGGAGAAGCCGGGACAGCCCGGCUCUCCCGCAGCCAGGUGUUAGGGUCGAGAGCCACCGAGACCAAAGUGAGAAUUCAGACGUCUUCCAGCGCCUGGGCCACAACGGCGGCCCUGGGAGCAGAGGUGGAGCAACCCCACUACGCAAAAGAUGAAAGGCUGGGGUUGGCUGGCCCUGCUUUUGGGGGCCCUGCUGGGAACUGCCUGGGCUCGGAGGAGCCAAGAUCUACACUGUGGAGCUUGCAGGGCUCUGGUGGAUGAACUGGAGUGGGAAAUUGCCCAGGUGGAUCCCAAGAAGACUAUUCAGAUGGGAUCUUUCCGGAUCAAUCCAGAUGGCAGCCAGUCAGUAGUGGAGGUGCCUUAUGCCCGCUCAGAGGCCCACCUCACAGAGCUGCUAGAGGAGGUGUGUGACCGGAUGAAGGAGUACGGGGAGCAGAUUGAUCCUUCCACACACCGCAAGAACUAUGUACGUGUCGUGAGCCGGAAUGGAGACUCCAAUGAAUUGGACCUACAGGGCAUCCGAAUUGAUUCAGAUAUCAGUGGCACCCUCAAGUUUGCGUGUGAGAGCAUUGUGGAAGAAUACGAGGAUGAACUCAUUGAAUUCUUUUCCCGAGAGGCUGACAAUGUUAAAGACAAACUUUGUAGUAAGCGAACAGAUCUAUGUGACCACGCCCUGCACAUAUCACAUGAUGAACUAUGAUCCACUG